GCUUUUGCAACUGUCGGAUGCGGAAAAACUGCGUGAGCAGGAGCUGUCACUGCAAGGCGAUGAAUACUACGAUGAUAGCAGUAAUCAGCGUUCACCAAAUGCACCUUCGAAAACACCAUCUGACGAAAUUCUUCCAGAAAAGCAGCGUGCCGCUUCGGCCAUUCCACGUCCAAGUAUUUUGUCGUUCUCACCAGCACAAUCGGAGCUGAGGUCACAGGAAGUUAGGGAAGAUAUUCUAUCCGGUACUUCAGGCUCCACAUCAAACACUUUGUUUUUCACACCGUCUGACAACGUGCCAGCUCAAUUCCCAACUUCUGAUGAUCAGAGCCGAUCUCAAGUGGACACGAAACCGACUCAGUUUAUUAGGAGGCGUCAUGGAGAGCUGAGAGAUGUGGAAUCAUUCAGUCCGAUUCGAAAGCGUUCAAUCAGGUUCACAAAGCGUGCAAUGACCGACACACAAGAUUCUGUCGACAUGGAUUCAGGCAACGAAUGGUAG